AUGGCCGCGUACCGGGUGCGGGUUCGCACCGGCACCGCUCCCGCCGCCGGUACCAGCGACGCCAUCGCCGUGACCCUGGUGGGGACCCGCGGGAGCAGCCCCAGGACCGUCCUCGACCGAUGGGGACCCGACUUCCACUGCGGGGCGGUGCACAAGGGGCCCUGCCGGGGCCUCCCCGAGAGCUCCUGGUACCUGGAGAGUGUCACCGUGUGGGGACAGCGAGGGGACAGCGCUGGGGACAGCGCUGGGGACGACAGCGACGACAGCGGGGACAGCGCUGGGGACAAUGACCCUGAUGACGUCACUCACCUGGGCCCCUUCCACUUCCCCUGCUACCGCUGGCUCGAGGGCUACGGCACCUGGGAGCUGCCCGAGGGCACAGCCAAUGUCCCCCCGCUGUCCCCAGAGUACGUGGUGCAGCACUGGCAGGAGGACGCGUUUUUCGGGGAGCAGUUCCUGAGCGGGGUGAACCCCGUCCUGCUGCGCCGCUGCCCCCGCCUGCCCCCCAAGUUCCCCGUGACCCCCCCGAUGGUGGCCCCCAGCCUGGGCCCCGGCACCUCCCUGCAGCGGGAGAUGGAGUCUGACAUUGAUAUUUUUGGGGUGUCCCCUCAGCUGUCGCAGGAGCCGGGUCCCGACUCCCCGAUUUUCCUGCCCGGGGACCCCCCCUGGCUCUGGGCUCUGGCCAAGGCCUGGGUGCGCAGCGCCGACUUCCACGUGCACGAGGGGCUCACGCACCUGCUCAGGGCUCACCUGCUGGGAGAGGUGUUCGCCCUGGCCACGCUGAGGCAGCUGGCACCCCAGCACCCCCUCUUCAAGGCGGUGGCACUCGGCCGGCGGGGGCUGCUGGCCCUGGUGGCCCGGGGGCUGCGGGCUCUGCGCUGGCGCUCGCUGGUGCUGCCCCGGGACCUGCGACACCGCGGGGUGGCGGCCACCAAGCGCCACCACUUCGGCAACGACGCCACCAAGGUGUGGGGAGCCAUCCGCAGGUAUGUCUCAGGUGUGCUGGCUCUCUAUUACCCCUCUGACGUCGCUGUCCAGGAGGAUCCCGAGCUCCAGGCCUGGGUGUGGGAGAUCUUCAAGAGAGGCUUCCUGGGGAGGCAGCGCUCAGGUGUCCCCUCCCACCUGGACUCGGUGCGUGGCCUGGUCACCUUUGUCACCACAGUGAUCUACACCUGCUCUGCUCACCACGCGGCCACCAACAGCGGCCAGCGUCCCCUGGGCCAUUUUCCCGAGCUCCAUUUCACCGAGCCCGGGCCCCGCCUCCUGAUCCGGCGUUUCCGGCGCCGCCUGCGCCGAAUCUCGCGCGGGAUCCGGGCCCGGAACGCGGCCCUGGAGAGACCCUACCCCUACCUGGACCCCGAGAACAUCGAGAACAGCGUGGCCAUCUGAGACAGCCCAGAAUAACACCCGAAACAGCC